UCCAUUUUAUUUCGAAUUCUUACCAUGGGAAGAAAACGGCAGCACUCUGACGAUGAGGCGUCAACCAGGGACAUUGAGAACAGCGACAGCGGAGCCAGCAGCGGCCCGGAGAGUGACUUUGAGAAGGACCUGGUGGACGUGGACUUUGAGUUCUUUGACCCAAAGCCAAUCGACUUCCAUGCGAUGAAAGCGCCUACUGAUUUCGGGGACGACGACCCGUAUGCAUUCAUGACGGUGCUCAACAUGGACGUGCACAAGGACAAGCAGGUGAUCAAGCAGAUCCGCGAGUACCUGCUCAAGAAGGCAGAGAAGGCGGGUAAGGGCGGCGAUUUGCUCGAUGUGCUUGAUGGCUCCGGCGAUGUUGGACUAUUGCUCAACGAGCGCGUGGUCAAUAUGCCGCCGCAGGUUGUGGCGCCAAUGCUGGCCAUGUUGAUGGAGGAGCUCGACCGUACAACUUUCGACUACUAUCUACUCUUGGCUCCCACAUACAAGGACACAGCGGCGGUCGAGGAUGAAGACGGGUCGUCGUCGCGGCGGCCGAAGGAUAAGGAGAGCCUGAUUGACGCAUAUCUGCAUGCGGAAGACGAGUUUAUUGAGGAGUUCGCGCAGGUAAAGUUUGACUACAAGUUCUCCCGGUCAAAGCGCGUGUCAGAGUCUCGGAAUUCGUUUGCAGAGACGGGUGUUGCGCCAGCCCGGCGCUGUCUGAUCAUCCACAAGAGCAAGAUCCGGGCACUGAUCGACCGGUUACAGUCAGCACUGUCGCCAUCCAGCUAAAUGCUAUGAAUACACCUUUUUCGAACAAGCUAUUCGUAAACCCGG